AUGGGUACUGUAUUUUCAAGCAAUUCUCUGUUACAGCAGUACUACGAUCAACAGGUCAAAGAACAGAUUGCGUUGCAGAAUGUUUUGUUUGAACAUAAACAAGCUAUGAAGGCUGCAGAAACAAGAAGACUUGUGGGUAAUGAGUUUUUAGCUGCAUUCUUGACUGUUUCUUUGGUAUUACUGGGUCAGAAAAUUAAGCAACCCAAUCUAUUCAUCAUACCCGUGUUUCCACUUGUUAUUGGUCUUUUUUGUAAUUUCGAACUACAACAGGAUAUGACACAAGAUUUUAUUAAAAAAGCAGCUGACCGACUAUUUCAAGAAAAUCGUCAAGUGUUUGAGCCAGUUGGUGGUCCCAUUACGUUGGCUGAAAUCGACAGGCGCAUUGCUGCCGUAAAGGAUCACGAAAAACAUGAAUCGAAUAAAAGUCAUUAG